UACAACGGACCGGAAGUCACGCGCGUCUUUUUGCGAACAAGGCGUGUUGCAGCGAGGCAGGGCAGAGUGGCGACGUCGUUGUAAUCUGGCAUCUUGGAGGCGGUGUUUUCUUCGUGAUCGGACAAACCGCCGUGGCUUUGUGGAAACCGCCAGCUCCGUAGGCAAAGGGUUAGGCACGGCAACGGACCAGACCUUACCAGAUACGCCAUGCUAGUCCUGGUUCUGGGCGAUCUGCACGUCCCGCACCGCUGCCACAGCCUGCCGGUCAAGUUCAAGAAACUGUUGGUGCCCGGUCGCAUCCAGCAUAUCCUCUGCACGGGCAAUCUGUGCACCAAAGAGUCCUACGACUACCUCAAGACCCUGGCGAGUGACGUGCACAUCGUGCGCGGCGACUUCGACGAGAACCUCAACUACCCGGAGCAGAAGGUGGUCACCGUGGGCCAGUUCCGCAUCGGCCUCUGCCACGGGCAUCAGGUGGUUCCCUGGGGCAACCCGGACAGCCUGGCGCUCAUUCAGCGCCAGCUGGACGUGGACAUCCUAAUCUCGGGCCACACGCACCGCUUCGAGGCGUACGAGCGCGAGAACAAGUUCUACAUCAACCCGGGCUCGGCGACGGGCGCUUACAACGCGCUCGAGAGCAACGUCAUUCCUUCCUUCGUGCUGAUGGACAUCCAGUCUUCGACCGUGGUCACCUACGUUUACCAGCUCAUCGGCGACGAAGUGAAGGUGGAACGGAUCGAGUACAAGAAGUCCUAGGUGCUGGAACACGCCGGCCGUGGAUAGGGCUGUGCCCAAGAAUCCGACCCGUAGAGCGCCGUAUUAUUCUCAGAUUCGUUAGGGCGAGCCAACGUUUGAGUCGAGCCGGGCUGGAAGGGGCUCAUACGUAAUGUAUGUCCUUGGCACUCGCUGCGGUUGGACUGCCCUGGCGAACGCCGAGCAAUUGCUACCGACUAUUGAUCAGUGCUGCUUGGGAAGCUUUUGAUUUUUUUUUUGUUUUGUUAUGUUUGUACAUAACCCCCGAACUCAUUUCAGCACUCGUGGCUUGUUUCUUCAUGCCCGAGCUUCCAAAACCAGAGAGAAAAAAUAGACUAUACAUUCCUUUUUCUUAAAAUUCUUGGGGAGAGCUCUACAAUUAGGCAUGGAAGGGGGGUAAAAAUGAUGACCACAUUUAUCCUCUCUUUUCCCAAUAUGUUUGCAUGAACAGAAUGUCUUGUGUUUAAGUACUGUUACAUUAGCUCUGUUCCACGCCCCGUAUUCGUUUCUCGUGGGAGUCUGUCGGAUAAAAAGAAGCAAAUUGUUGUUCUUACUUUCGUGGGAGCGACGACGGGCAACUCUUAGUCGAGUGUGUACAUGAGAAUUUCUGCUGAAAUAAAAGGCGAAAAGUGGAAUGUAA